AUGUUGUUACUCACCACAACCAUUUAUUUAUUAUCGCAUCUGGCAGCUGCUCAGUAUUUGUCUCCGUCUUUUGCCAACUUUACCGGAGACAAUGGCAAAGAGAUAGACUUGGGAUAUACUAAAAUUCGAGGGACUCGAGUGGCAUCAUCAUCUUUUCUCAUCAAUGCCUGGCUGGGUGUUCGGUACGGAAAAGCUCCCACUGGCAACGGCCGCUUCAAAGCGGCCGUCCAGAUUGAUGAGAAAAGCGACUCUUCAGCGUCAGUGUUUAAUUCCACAACAUUCGGACCUAUAUGCUACCAAGGAUGGACACCGAGCGCUCCCGAGAGUAGUCUGGCCAAGACAUUGUAUUAUCAUACUGGAAACCGGGAAGAGAGCGAAGAUUGCUUGUUGUUGGAUAUCUACGCUCCUUCAGAACCCACUUCGAAGAAUAUUCCUGUAUUGUUGAUCAUACACGGAGGUGGCGGUGAUCCCGCCCAGGUCACCAUCGACGGCGGAUCGGCUGGCGGUGGCUCUGUUUACCAUCAACUGCUCUGGAAUGGCGGCGAAGCAGAUCCCCCAUAUCGUGCGGCAAUAGUCGAAUAUCCUUGGAUGCCAAAUGUUCUCAACACCAGUCAGCUCGAGCUUCAAUAUCGACAGAUCUUGACUGCCUCAAAAUGCAUCAACAUCUCUUGUUUGCGAGAGUUAUCAGCAGAAGAGUUCAAUACCGCACAACAGAAGGUCCUAGCAUCUGCCACUUAUGCCUUUGGUACCUUUUAUUUUGGCCCUGCUAUUGAUGGAAUUAAUGUGCAAGGUCUCCCUCCAAAGGAAACUGAGGCUGAGCACUUCGCGACCGUUCCACUGAUGACGACCCGAGACGGAAAUGAAGGGUUUGCCUUUACGCCGCAGGACAUUACAACAGAACAAGACUACAACGCCAGGGUGCGCACCUUCUUGAACGGCGGAGUAAACUUUUUCGGUCAACUCGAUAGACUUUAUCCGUUAGUUGAAGAAGGAGCAUUUGGGUAUAACAAUACUCAAACAAAGGCGGAGUAUCUGUUCGGCGAUUGGGUCAUUCAAUGUCCAACGUAUAACCUUGCAAGAUCGUUUACGGACAAUUUAUCCAAACUCGAUGCCCUCCAUCAACCUGUUUAUAAGCUUAUCGCAGGUUAUCCCACGUACGACAGUGCCUACCAUGGAAGCUACAGCAGCCUCGUCUUCUCCACCAAGCCCAUUCCUGCUGAGGAUAUAUCCCCAAAUGUUGAAAUCGGCCGGGUUUUACAACAUUAUUUCACGUCGUUUAUAAUCACUACCGAUCCGAACAAACAUGCCAUGGAGAAGCCCAACGAUCGCUACGUUGAAUGGCCCCAGUACGGUGCAGCGAGUAACAUUCUCUACAUAAACUCUACUGUACCCAUUCAAAUUCAACACAUCGACGCGGCUGCUCGUUGUGACUUCCUGCUUUCUCAUUCAUCUGUGACGGCGAACUGA